AGGAAAAAUAUUUAUGUGAAUAAUUGAAAGAAAAAAUAAAUACCUAGUGAUAAUAAAAAGUUAUUUAUUAACAAAUAAAAAACUAAAAGUGUUUGUUUAUGAUUGGUGUGUAUUUAAGAAAAUUUUCUAUAUACUUUUAUUAUUUUCCAUAACAUUAAGACGCGUUUCUGAAAAUCCGUUUAAUCUCAAAUGAUAUUAUCUUUAAUACACAUUACAUUGCUUAUGAAUAUAAAAAUAUUUCAAAUCAACACAUAAUAAUAAACAUUAACGACGUUGUUGGACCACCGGUGGAAAAAAUUCAAUCAAAUGGGAGUACAUUUAUUAAAUUAAAAGAAUUUUACAAGAGUACUUAUAAUUAAAAAAAUGGACAAAUUCAGCGAUUUGUACUGCCUACUAAAUAAAUGGAAUUUGAGUCACCUAUAUGAUAGACUAAAAGAACAAGGAAUUACAGUAGAUGUUUUCCACAUGCUAAAAAGUAACCAUAUCGAAAGACUUUUUGUUGAUAGCCAAAUUGGAGAUAUGGUAAAAUUUGAGUAUAACUUGGAUGAAUGGAAAAAAUCAUUAAAUAAAAGUGAAACUUACACCUCCCAAAGUAACCAAGUUACAACAAAAAUUUCUAUUAUGGAAAUACUUAAGUGUACCCACAAUGGACGCGAAAUACUUGAUUUCUACAAAAAAAAUGAAACACUUCAUGAAGAACAACGGAACUUGCUUCUAAAUACCAUUAUCAAAUACAUUGAGGCAAAUGGUGUUGUAUGCAGUUUAUCUGACUGUUCUGAGAUGGAAAAAGAAAUAUGUUCAAUAUUUCCCUCAGAGGAACUUGAUUUUUAUAGAAGCGGAAAGAGAGGGAAAAUUUACAAUAAACUGGCUAAUUUAAAAAGGCUUUCAAAGGAUGUUUUAAAAAAAUGUGAAAGUAAACCUGAUAUAAAUACUUUAGAAGAGUCAGAAGAAAAUUACACCCUGUAUUUACAAUAUCUUCAAAGUGAACAAAUAACAGCUGAGGAGUUUGACAUUUAUUGGCGCAGAUGUGCGCCAUUUCGGUUCAAACAGAUAUCGGAAUCUCAGACAACAGCUGAAAUUUUCAAGUUAUGGCCUGACUACAUAAAACCAUCAGGUUUUCAUUUGAUUGAUAUAGAUUUCGCCCUAAAGUUUCCAAUGGCCAAAAAUUUGCAUGAACGAUGGCCUAAAUUUAGCGAACAAAUUUUGUGUGUUUUAAAAACUAAAAUUUCUUCCGCAUACAUUUCUAAAAAGCUUGCCGAUAUUGAGUCCAAAAAUGAUGAGUCCAAAACAUUUAUGAUUUUCUGGUUUCUACAUAACCUUUUCCCACCACAACUUAAAGUUUCUACAGAGUCUAGUGGCGCAAAGAUUCGAAAAAAAUACUCAAUUGCUGAUUCCCAAGAAGGAUUCGCAAUAAUAGCAAAUACAUUAGAGGAAUUGGAAGUUAAAAUCAAAUUACUGAAGCUACAAUGCCGAAAUAUACAGCCAAGAUUAUUAAUUAUAGGCGAAAUAUGCAAUAUUAAAUCUAUUUUUGUUUUUGUAGAUAAUGUGAAAUAUCCAAUUUUGACAUUUUUAAAUGCUCUUGAUGUAUUAUUUAAAAUAUUUUUUUUAUUUAAUCUUGAGUAUCCGGAAGAAUCCGAUGUUUUUUAUAAUUUCAUACAAUCAUUUUUAUACGAUUUACCUACUACAAAAAAAUAUUCAAAAGUUUCGACCAUUAAACAUGAAAUUUUAAAUAUAAAAUAAGAGUUUAAGAGUAUU